AUGGCGAUGCAAUAUAUGAAAUCCAUCAGAAGGAAAGCGGUGCCAAAGGCUGCAUCACCGCCAGCAACAGAAACCCAUGGCCCCGUCCUAACAGACGAGGAUGAGGCGUUUCUACACCAUGUUGCAACCUCUCCUUCCCUCUCCGGGGGAGACGAUAGCAGUAAACAGCUUGGAGAAAUGGAGAGCAGUCAGGACAGGGAAAUUGUCGAUGAACCAUUGGACGAUGAUCUGAGGCGACUUGCUGAGGGAAAGGGGUCGGAGGAGAAUCUUGACACUCCUUCCUCCGCCUCUGCCUCUGCCUCUGCCUCUGCCUCCCAUUCUACUGAUCAAAAGAACCCCGAGAAGGGACAUAAGUCGCGGAAGAGCUUGUGGCACAUUUUUAAAGAUAGAAAGUGGAUGGGAGAGACCGAGAAGGAGGAUAAAGGGAAGGGCAAAGCCAACGACAGUACGACUGGCAGCGACCCAACCAACAAAGCCGAAGAAAAGGAGAAAAAGGACGAAGAGCAAGACAUAUCCCACGUUCUCGAGAAGCUGAAUCUAGCAGCUGUCAACAACCGAGUGUUCUCGAUAAGCAGUGACACACAAGAUCUCCUGGAGCAGUUUAAACAGGUGUUCAAAGAUCUAGUCAACGGCGUGCCGACAGCAUACCGCGAUCUUGAGUCUCUGCUCACGAACGGUGACCAAGAACUACAAAAGAGUUACGGCAAACUCCCUAGCUUCUUGCAGAAAUUGGUCGAGAAGCUGCCUAACAAGAUGACGGAGAAGUUUGCACCGGAGAUGCUUGCAGCUGCAUCAGCUAGAGCUAGCAAGAGUGGCAUUAACCUGCAGCAUGCAGACAAGGCAACGAGCACGGCGAAAAAGCUAGGCAUUGAGGUGCCUAGUCUGAAGGAUCUGGCAGGGAAGCCAGCAGCGCUUGCGGGAUUGUUACGGUCUAUUAUCGCAUUCUUGCGUGCGAGGUUCCCUGCCCUCAUUGGGAUGAAUGUUAUUUGGUCCCUGGGGCUAUUUAUUCUACUCAUGGUUCUGUGGUAUUGCCACAAGCGUGGUCGCGAGGAGCGUCUUGCGAAAGAAGCCGCCGCGGCCGGAGAAGGGGAAGGUGAAGACGAUCGGGUCAUCGAUGUCACGGACGAGACAUCACCAGCUGCAGUAACAGCAGCAGCAACAACAACAACUGCAGCUGCAGGAACAGCAGCGAAUGCCGAAACUGAUGCCCAACUAACGAGGCAGACGGACGACGGGUUGCAGGCUCCGACGCAGAUCGAAGGCCCGACAACUGCCACCUCAGAUGCGCCUGCAGCCGACACGGUAACACGUCAAACGAAGGAAGGGGAGAAGAUGAAGGUAUAG